AUGGAUCCUACGGACGACCACGAGAUUUCGAUGGUGGAUUCUGGAGGUCAACGAUAUGCAUUUCCAGUGUCUAUUUUUUCUAAAACUGCACACCCGUAUGAAAUUCAUGUUGUUCACAGUGGGAGGAGCUACCCUAAUGACCCCGUGUCAGACGAGGCCGUGGAUGGCAUGACCUACGGGAUCUCGGACGCUACACAUAAUUUUAUAGAAGAGCUGGGCAGCCAUUCUAGAGUAUUGGUGAUUCAAGUUUUGCUAGAAAUAUGGCUGGGAUUUUGGUUGAAUCUGGAACUCAUGUUCAAAAUGAAUUUGCUCCAUACAAGAAACAACAAUUUUGAGUGGAACCCAGCUGGAUAUGGAAUCAUGUGGAAGGCUUAUAAUUUUUCCAUCUUUUUGCUCUCUCAGAAUAGCACAUUGACCUUGAAAGAG